AUGAUCCACAGUGUCAAAUGCUGCGGACAGGUCAAGACUGAUAAGUGUCGUGACCUGCUGCUGUUCCACAGCCCACAAAAAGUCAUUGCUCUUGCUACCUUCUCUAUUGGACAAUUCCAGGGUGUUUUGCAGAACCAUGUGUCCGAUAAGAAAGUGUGUAAUUUCAGUGCCAGCUAUACAGAUGGGUCAGCCCAAGAGUUCGAUGGUUCUUGUGAUUUUGAGAAAGAUGCUUGUGGGUGGAAAGAUAUCAGUAAAGAUGAAUUUCGGUGGAAGCUUGAGAAGGCAAACAUCAGCAGUAUCCUGGGUGUGGACCAUACUAGUGGAACACCAUUGGAACCUGACCCAACAGCUGACUUCCCCUGGGUCAGAAUCACAGGAAUGCAGGCUGCUGGUUCUGCUAGCCCAAGAAAGGCUCACAUUCUGGGGACUGAUCAAGGCUGGUAUAUGGCAGUAGAGGCCAGUAAUGGAGAUCAGAACAGUUAUGCUGCUCUACAGAGUCCUGCUAUGAGACAAGCCAGCACUGAGUGUGUGCUCAAGUUCUACUAUCACAUGUAUGGUGAAGGUCACUACAUGUUUGUAAAUUCGAGUUCAGUGCCAUCUGAAAAUGAAGUGCAGUUUGAGAGCCCAUCACUGCCACCUACCUCCCCAUACUGCCAGUUACUGUUUCAUUUCCACCUGGGUGGAGAAGAUGGUGUUGGAGGUUUAAGUGUGUUCAUGCAGAGUGAAGAGAAUAACAGGACACAACUCUGGACUCGCACAAACAGCACUGAAAAGCACUGCACUCUGGAGCACCUGAUUGUAGUGGAGGGGAUAAAUAGACAGAGUGAUCAAGGCACUGUAGCUGUGGAUGAUGUGCUCAUGUCACGCUACCCAUGCACCGGUCCAGGUCACUGUGACUUUGAAAUGAACAUGUGCAACUGGCGCAAUUUGAUGGCCGAGGACGAUAUGGACUGGCUCCGAAAUCAGGGAAACUCUAGAACUCCCAGCAUAGGGCCAAGUGUAGACCACACCACCAACUCAUCCAUUGACACCACAGUGGGACACUGGGGAGACAGAGCAUUACUGCUCAGUGAAAUAUUCCUCCCAGGCAACAGGGGGCAGUGUUUUACAUUUUGGUACCACAUGUAUGGCCAAAAUGUAGGGUCUCUCAAUUUAUACAUGAAUAACAGGACAUUGCAUGACAAUGGGGACAGACUUGGAUAUCUGAUUUGGACAGAUCAUGGGGAUGUGUGGUGGAGUGCCAGAUUUGUGUUUGAGUAUCACAAGGGCAAGGCCACUGGAGGAGAUGUGACCAUUGAUGAUAUACUUUCAGGAAUAGGAAUAGGAGUGGCAGUUGCAGUAACAUUACUGAUGAUCGCCAUAGUCUGCAGUGCCUUGUACGUGCUACAGAGGAGACACUUAAACAGAGCUGCAGAGCUACUGGAGUUAGAGAUCCUCAAAGGUGCUGUUUCAAAGCACAGUUUCAGGAUUACGGAGCUCUCCUUGUUGGAAAUGGCAACAAGAUUUAACGUGUUUCUUGGACUUUUCACAGCCAUUCAGUUGAGAUUUACCAUUGAGGAGCUGUCAAAAAGUGCAGUGACACGUGCAGAACUUGAGGGCUUUCAUGAAAUGCAGAGUACAGCAACAGGUCUGAAAAUCCAAAAGGAGAAAGACAAGAGUGGGCUGCCCUCCUCUACACAGCCCAGUCAUGCUUGGGCCAGUCAUAUUCAGGAACAUGGGCAUUAUCAGAAGCAUGGCAGGUCUGGAACUGAACGCCACCCUGAAGUUGUAACUAAUAAGAAGAAUGCAAACAGCUCUCACAUUGAGCAAGACAUGGAUCAUAUCUACUACAUUUCCAAAAUCUACCAGUCUACAGAUAUUGCAGGCAAGAACUUAUGGGUAAACUUUAAACACAUGGACAAAGGAAAGGUUCAUGGAGUCCUUUCCAACACCCACAGACAAGCUUUGACAGUGAACUUGUCCUUUGAGUUUCCUUAUUAUGGACAUUUACUAAGAGAGAUAACAGUGACUACUGGUGGUUUUCUCUACACAGGAGAUGUGAUCCAUAAAAUGCUGACAGCUACUCAGUACAUUGCUCCACUUAUGGCUAAUUUUGACCCAAGUAUUUCUCCAAAUUCCACCAUCAUUUAUGCUGAUAAUGGCACAACUCUUACUGUACAGUGGGACCAUGUUUACCUCCAGGAUGACCCUCAUUUGGGCAGUUUCACUUUCCAGGCUUCAUUGAACAGUGAUGGAAGGAUCACUUUUGCUUACAAAGAGAUUCCUGUUGAUAUCAGUGAGAUUAGAUCAGAGAAUCACCCAGUGAAAAUUGGUCUUUCUGAUGCAUUUGUGGUGCUCCAUAAGAUUCAGCAGAUUCCAGACACAGAUAUCCGAAGGAGAACAAUAUAUGAGUACCAUCGAGUUGAGCUGUUGAAAUCCAAAAUUACCAACUCCACAGUUGUUGUGUUGCUGCCUCUUCCAACCUGCCUGCAGUUCUCCAGCUGUGACAGCUGCGUUAAAGCUCACAUCAGUUUCAACUGUAGCUGGUGCAGCCGCCUACAAAGAUGUUCCAGUGGCUUUGACCGAAAUCGUCAGGAAUGGGUUGACAGUGGUUGUCUGGAUGAGUUCAAUAGGCAGAGCUGCAGUAAAACAAGCAAACCACAUGCUGUAAGCACUGGACCUGCAAUCAAUAACACAACAGCAGCAUCUAUAGCCACAGGCCAGCCCAGCAGAUAUAUCAGUAUCAUCAGCACUGUAUUGUCCACAAAUACUCAUCCCACCACCAUCUCUGUUGAACAAGACACAAAGAUUGCACUUCCUUUGACUGAAGACCGACCCCCUGAGGCAGAGAGGGCAGGUAGGCAAAGUGAAAGGCUGCAGACUGGUCUGCUUGUUAGCAUCCUCCUCAUCGUGCUGCUGCUGAUGGCUGCAGUACUGGCUACAGUCUACAUGUACCACCAUCCCACCUCCAGUGCCAGUCUCUUCUUUAUCAAGAAACGGCCAACACAUUGGCCUGUGAUGAAAUUUCGGCGAGGUUCUGGCCACCCAGCCUAUGCUGAAGUGGAGGUUAUUGGACGAGACAAAGAAGGCUUAAUUUUAAUAGAGCCUAAGGACAGCUUAGUCAUUGCAGAUCGACGAGAGAGUUCAAUUACAACAUAUCAAAGAGAUGGCUUCAUUGUGCCUGACCAAAAAGAAAGAUUCCUUGCUGUGGGACAUCACUGACAUGCAUUGCACUCAUUCUGGAAAGAGACUGGAAAAGAAACAUGUCUCAGUUACUAUAUAUCCAGUCAACUGUUUUUGUUUUGUUUGUUUGUUUGUUUUAAU